AAACAACACUUCGUCCCCGGCAUGAGCCUCAAGAUUCGUGUAUAAAAAGGACGACGACCUCUGCUCCAUCCUCUCCACAUCUUCCUUCUCAUCAUCAUCAUCAUCAGCUCAGCAAUCAACUUCCAACAGGCAACGAACUCAACCACCAAGCACCCAACCACUUCACAAACCAGACCCAAAACACAACUCCCAAAACCAAACCCAACCCAGCCAUCAAAAUGCAGUUCACCAUCGCCACCGUCCUCUCCCUCCUCACCAUCGCCAUCGCCGCUCCCGCGGCUAUGGAGCGUCAAGUCCCAUACACUCCCUGCUCCGGCCUCUACGGCACCGCCCAAUGCUGCGCUACCGAUGUCCUCGGCAUCGCCGACCUUGACUGCGCCAACCCCCCGGAAACCGUCGCCAACGCCACCCACUUCGAGUCUACCUGUGCUGAUAUCGGCCAGCGCGCUCGCUGCUGCGUCUUGCCUAUUCUCGGCCAAGACAUCCUUUGCCAGACCCCCGCUGGUCUCUAA